ACACAAUCGGGUGACGAUCCCACACUGUUCAGCUUGCUCAUCUUGCCUUGGUUGACACAGAGCUUACAAUAUGAGCUGAGGCUGUGCAACGACCCAUUUCUGUACCUUCUGUAGUCUACCGACAGAGAGGCUAAACUGAUGCGAAUGACCGUAUCUCGGCACCUUGCUGGUCAGACACAGCCUGAUUGUCGCGGCAGACAUUUACUGGCCUUGCAACACGGGCCAUCCUGAAAACACCUUGGUGAUGAUCCUUGAAAAUACAAAAGCCUGCUCUCCGACUAUUCCAGCAAGCCAUCAGUAUGCGUCUCCCACUCGUCUUCAUUGCGACCGUCUCUGCAGCAGAUGUCAUCACCUACACCGGUGGCCGCGAUGCGUGGUCAUGGACAAUGAAUGUACCUACCACCAUCCCCAUUCACAACUCCUGUAAUGCUUCAGAGAGCAACUUGAUUCAAAAAGGCUUCUCUGAUGUGCGAACGCUCGCCCAAGUAGCUAUCGAUCACAUCCACGCACACGGCACGAAUUCAUCCCUGGUUCGUCGACUGUUUGGUAGUGGCAACCUUGCUGAAGCCGUUGGUUGGUACCAAGGAAUCCUGUACGCCAACAAGGCCGGUACGUUGUUUCGAUGCGACGAUAUUGAUGGCAAUUGCAAACAACCAGAAUGGUAUGGUCACUGGCGUGGCUCCAACGCCACACUCGAAACAGUCAUUUGUCCAUUAACUUACACGGGUCGCAAACCGCUUGAACACGUCUGCAUGGGCUCGGACGCCCUGCGCAAUGUAUCGGCUAGUGCUUUUACAGGCACAGACUUCCUCCAUCGCAUGUUUCACUUGCCAAAAUUGAAUGGGAAUGACCUUGUGAGCCAUUUCGCAGACUCGUAUGACGAUUGUGUCACGCUCGCUCAAACGAAGCCAGAAGAAGCGGUGCGCAAUACGCAUACGUUGCAGUGGUUUAGCGUCGAGGCGUUUGCAUUUGAACUGGUGGUGCCGGGCGUUGGGUGCAGCGGCUUUCAAGACAGCAUCUCACUAACGGACGCAAGCAAUGUGACAGCACAAGCGGCAGCAGCUGCGUCGGGUAAGCCAAAUAACGGAUGCACGGCACACGAGGAUCACUGGCAUUGUCCCGCUGGUGUCACUGAGCCAACGUCGCCGCCCGGUAAAACGUAAAAAGAAUAAAUAAAA